CCCAAGGGGCGGGGCCGAGGGAGGCGGUUCCGGUUCCGCCGCGGGCGCCGCGACACGAGGAUGAGGCCAGGGUUCAGCCCCCGAGGGGGGGGACGCGGCGGCUUCCGGGGGGGCCGAGGAGGCGGGUUCCAGCCCCGGGGCGGGGCCCGAGGGGGCGGGGCCGGCCCGAGGGGGCGGGGCCGAGGCGGUGGAAGGGGCGUGGCCAGAGGCGGCGCGAGGGGCGGGGCCAGAGGCGGCGGCUUCCGGGGGGGCAAGAAAGUGACGGUGGAGCCGCAUCGGCACCCGGGGGUGUUCAUCUGCCGGGGCCGCGAGGACGCUCUGGUCACCCGCAACCUGGUGCCAGGAGAGUCGGUCUAUGGGGAGAAGCGGAUCUCAGUGGAGGAUGGUGACACCAAGGUGGAAUACCGCGCCUGGAACCCGUUCCGCUCCAAGCUGGCAGCAGCUAUUUUGGGGGGCAUCGACCAGAUCCACAUCCAACCUGGAGCCAAAGUCCUCUACUUGGGGGCAGCCUCGGGGACAACCGUGUCCCAUGUCUCCGACAUCGUGGGGCCGGAGGGGCUGGUUUACGCUGUGGAGUUCUCCCAUCGCUCCGGUCGGGAUCUCAUCAACGUGGCCAAGAAACGCACCAACGUCAUCCCGGUCAUCGAGGACGCGCGGCACCCCCACAAGUACCGCAUGCUCAUUGGGAUGGUGGACGUCAUCUUCGCGGACGUGGCGCAGCCGGACCAGACGCGCAUCGUGGCGCUGAACGCGCAGCACUUCCUGCGCCGCGGCGGCCACUUCCUCAUCUCCAUCAAGGCGAACUGCAUCGACUCGACGGCGGCGCCCGAGGCCGUGUUCGCGGGGGAGGUCCGGCGCAUGACGGCCGAGAGGAUGAAGCCGCAGGAGCAGCUCACGCUGGAGCCCUACGAGAGGGACCACGCCGUGGUGGUGGGGGUCUACAGGCCCCCCCCGAAGGAGAAGUGACGCCUCUUCCUCCUCCUCCUCCUCCUCCCCCCUCCCCUUCGGGGGGCGGGGCCAGCGCAGGCCCCGCCCCCUCCGCCACUUUGGGGCGAAUUCUCUUGGUUUUGGGGUUGUUUUUUGGGGGGGGGAGGGGCUCAAAAAUGGGGUUUUGUUACAAAAAUAAACGGGGAAAAAACCCAACUUUGG